AGCUGUACUACCUGUCUCGCGAGAUUCUGCGAGGUGAUAAGUUGAAGAAACAUGGCGACGUCUAAUUUGUUAAAGAACAAGGGCUCCCUGCAGUUUGAGGACAAGUGGGAUCUGAUGCGUCCCAUCGUUCUCAAGCUGCUCAGACAGGAAGCCGUCACCAAGCAACAGUGGUUCGAUUUGUUCUCAGAUGUCCAUGCUGUGUGUCUAUGGGAUGACAAAGGACCGGCCAAAAUCCACCAAGCCCUCAAAGAGGACAUCCUAGACUUCAUCAAACAAGCACAGGCUCGGGUGCUGAGCCACCAGGAUGACACGGCGCUGCUGAAGGCCUACAUCGUAGAGUGGAGGAAGUUCUUCACCCAGUGCGACAUCCUGCCCAAGCCCUUCUGUCAGCUGGAGAUCACGCUCAUGGGCAAACAGGGCAGCAACAAGAAAACGAACAUGGAGGACAGCAUCGUACGCAAGCUGAUGUUGGACACGUGGAACGAGUCCAUCUUUUCCAACAUUAAGAGCCGCCUGCAGGACAGCGCCAUGAAGCUGGUGCACGCCGAGAGGCAGGGCGAGGCCUUCGACUCGCAGCUCGUCAUCGGGGUGCGAGAGUCGUACGUGAACCUGUGCUCUAACCCAGAGGACAAGCUGCAGAUCUACAGGGAUAACUUUGAGAAAGCCUACCUGGACUCCACAGAGAGGUUUUACAGAACGCAAGCACCGUCCUACCUGCAACAAAACGGCGUCCAGAACUACAUGAAAUAUGCGGACGCAAAGCUGAGAGAAGAGGAGAAGAGAGCACUUAGAUAUCUCGAGACGCGUCGUGAAUGUAACUCCGUCCAAGCACUUAUGGAGUGUUGUGUGAAUGCUCUGGUGACCUCGUUCAAAGAGACAAUCUUAGCCGAAUGUCCAGGGAUGAUCAAACGGAACGAGACAGACAAGCUGCACUUGAUGUUUUCACUGAUGGACAAGGUUCCCAGCGGGAUCGAGCCCAUGCUGAAAGACCUGGAAGAACAUAUCCUCAAUGCUGGACUAGCAGACAUGGUGGCUGCUGCCGAGACUAUCACUACUGACUCUGAGAAGUACGUGGAGCAGUUGCUGACUUUGUUUAACCGCUUCAGUAAGCUGGUAAAAGAGGCCUUCCAUGACGACCCUCGCUUCCUCACAGCAAGAGAUAAGGCUUACAAGGCUGUCGUCAAUGACGCCACAAUCUUCAAACUGGAGCUGCCACUGAAACAGAAAGGUGUGGGGUUGAAGACUCAGCCAGAGUCCAAGUGUCCUGAGCUGCUGGCUAACUACUGUGACAUGCUGCUGAGGAAAACCACUCUCAGCAAGAAACUCACCUCAGAAGAAAUCGAGCUCAAACUCAAAGAAGUGCUCUUGGUGUUGAAAUACGUCCAGAACAAAGACGUCUUCAUGCGUUACCACAAAGCUCACCUGACCAGGCGCCUGAUUCUGGACAUUUCGGCGGACAGCGAGAUUGAAGAGAACAUGGUGGAGUGGCUGAGAGAAGUAGGAAUGCCUGCUGAUUAUGUGAACAAGCUGGCCAGGAUGUUUCAGGACAUCAAGGUCUCAGAGGACCUCAACCAGGUCUUCAAAGAGAUGCACAAACACAACAGGCUGGCACUGCCAGCGGACAGCGUGAACAUUAAGAUCCUGAACGCCGGCGCGUGGUCACGAAGCAGUGAGAAGGUUUUUGUCUCGCUGCCCACGGAGCUGGAGGACCUGAUCCCUGAGGUGGAAGACUUCUACAAGAGGAAUCACAGCGGACGCAAACUCCACUGGCACCACCUCAUGUCCAACGGCAUUAUCACCUUUAAAAACGAGGUGGGCCAAUACGACCUGGAGGUGACGACGUUCCAGCUGGCCGUGUUGUUUGCGUGGAACCAGCGACCCAGAGAGAGAAUCACCUUCGAGAACCUCAAACUGGCCACAGAGCUGCCGGACGCAGAGCUACGCCGCACUCUCUGGUCUCUAGUGGCCUUCCCCAAGCUGAAGAGACAGGUGUUGUCUUAUGAGGCUCCAGUUAGCUCGCCCAAGGACUUCACAGACAGCACGCUCUUCUACGUCAACCAGGAGUUCUCACUCAUCAAAAACUCCAAAGUCCAGAAGCGGGGAAAGAUCAAUCUGAUUGGUCGGCUGCAGCUGACCACAGAGCGAAUGAGAGAAGAGGAGAAUGAAGGAAUCGUUCAGCUCAGAAUACUCAGAACUCAGGAGGCCAUCAUCCAAAUCAUGAAGAUGAGGAAGAGAAUCAGCAACGCCCAGCUGCAGACGGAGCUGGUGGAGAUCCUGAAGAACAUGUUUCUGCCUCAGAAGAAGAUGAUCAAGGAGCAGAUCGAGUGGCUCAUCGAGCACAAGUACAUAAAGAGGGACGAGACAGACCUCAACACCUUCAUCUACAUGGCCUAGGCACAGGCAGCGAGGGAGGGAGCGCUUUCUUGCUCCGUUUUUUUUUAAAAUUCAUGGCCUGCAACGGGCGCUUUAAAACCCCGCGAGAGGAGAAGGAUCAAAAGGAUGUGUGAAGACGAGAAGACGGUUAAUGAUACGUAGGGAGUGCGUUGAAGGACGAGCCUUUUCAACAAAAGUGUGGAUAUGUGUUUGUGUUUGUGAGACGCCACGUGUGUUAUUGACAGGAGAGUGGAGUCGUCGGACUGUCUGUGUGUCUCCGCUGCCCUCGAGUGUCGAUCAGAGGCGAGGGACGGCCGUCUGCCAGCAGCCGAGAUGAGGAAAAGAAAUAAUGACAUAAUUAAAUUCUAUACUUCCUGCCUUACUUUGUCAGCGACGGACUGCAGAGGAGGAACUGCGAGCAGGGAAAGGGAGGACAAAUGUUACAAGCCGAUAUCAAUCCUUUGCUUUCACUUAAUGCCACAGCUUCCGUCUUAGCGGCAGCCGUUUUGCAUCCCUCCUAUUCUACAUUUGAACUGGGAAUGCAAAAAAAAAAAAAAAAAAAAAAAGCCGCGAGUGAAAGCUGCCAUUGAGGAGGAGCGCACACGGAUGGAAAGAUCAGUUGAAACUACCGAGGAGUAUUUUGCCAAAUUGUCGGUGUGUGUGUGUGUGUGUGUUUGGGUGUGCAUCCGGUCUUUUUAGACGUGUGUAUGUGUGUGUGCACUUUCGACAGCAUGCUGCUCUAUGAUUUUUGUUUUGGAGGAUCUGUCACAUGAUUUUGGUUGUGUCUGAGAAGGUUGGGAAAUCAAGACCAGCCACCAUUUUAAAUGCUGUUUUUCUUUCUAUUAUCGCCUGGCAGCAGGUAAACACGUAUUGUCUGGAGAGCUCUCUUAGUCUGCGGAAAUGAUCACACUGCAAACUGUUUAUUUGGUGUGUAAAGACCCGUGCUCUAAACAUGGUGAGGUUAAAUACCAGCUGAACGCAUCAAUGAGGGACUUACAGUAAAAUAGAAACACAGAUACUUACAUAGACUAGAUUGGAGCUCCAUUUACUCAACUUUCACCUCAUUAAUCCCUUAAGAGGGUCAGUCUUCGCACAAUGUCAGCACCAGGACAAUGCUGUUUAACUUUAACAACAGAAAUUUAGUUCAUUAAAGGGAUAGUUCAGAUGUUUAGAAGUGUGGUUGUGUGAGCUACUUCUCCACAGUCAUUGUGUUAGCUACAGUAGACGGCGGCCGGCACAGUCCCAGUUUGGAGAAGCAGGCACAAGUACGGACAUGGAUUUUAAACAGAUUUUAGACACCUAAAUAAUCAAUAUCAGUUUAAUUCUACGCUGUAUUUGAAAUAUUUUCACAGCUUUACCUUGCUGUCAGACAGCCCUUUACGACGGGGAACUGAAGCCGUUCUAUCUCUGCUCUCUUCAAAGCCACCAGAACCCCUUGUGACAAAAACACACAUUUUUUUAGUUCCUAGCCCUUUCAAACACCAAAGUCGCACAAAAACACAAACUAACUAACCGAGUGAGGCAGCGGUAGAGUCUGGUGGCUUUGACGAAAGCGUAGAACAGCUUCACUUUCCCACCGUGUAACCUUAAACGGGGCUUCCUGACGUCAAAGUAUUCUAAAUAUAGCAUACCCUCAAACUGAUACAGAUGUUUUUACUUUUCUAAAGGCUCUGACACACCAACAGAGCAGAAAAGGCAGUCGGACCGAUCAGUCGGCUCCGCGAGGUCUCGGAACGCACCGAAGCGACGCCGACUUGAGCGUACGCGAGACGUAAUACGUCUCCAUAACAGCAGGCGGCGCUAAUCUGUAUUGUCGCCCCAAUAAAAUGAAAACCGGAAACGACGGAACAUCUCUCCAGACCUCGUAAACACAGAGCACGCGGUCGUCAGUCGUCGUUUUCAUCAGAGAGCGUCGACAGCAGUCAAGAAGGAUCGUUGUUGUCAUUACUCGCUGAACGGAAGAAAACACGAUGGCUAGUAACGAGAAGCUACUGGCGUUGUCAGCUCCGGUUUUCUCGUGCACUGAUUGGCUAGUCAAGGGCUAGCUCAUACAACCACACUUCAAAACAUCUGAACUAUCCCUUUAAUGUUUAAAAUGAAUGUGCUGCUGUUUUGGGGAGUAUUUUUUUCCCGCCAAGGAGAACACUGUCUGAGCUAUUGUAGAGUUCAUAAAGUGUGUGUGUGUGUGUGUGUGUGUGUGUGUGUGUGUGUGUGUGUGUGUGUGUGUGUGUGUGUGUGUGUGUGUGUGUGUGCGCCUCUCCACCACACUUUUCAACAGAAAUGUCACUCAUUGUCAAAGUGAAUGUGCAAAGCAGCCGUUUGGUAACCUACCAGCCGUGUCUUGAUUGUCUUUAUGAUGAUGAUAACGAUAUGGUGGCUGUUUGAGAUCCCCCUUAAGUUUGUAUUUGUACAGUCCCAGUGGAGAAGCUAUACACUACGAUCUAGAUUUUCCUCUGAAGAAUCAGUUCUGUCUCAGUGCAAGUUAUUCUCGAUGGCCAUACGUGCGCGUUGUGGAGUCCGAUCCGCUGUAAGAAAAAACAUUGAUGCUGCGGAAGUCAGUCUGCCUCUUUAGUACUUAAUUCCAUCUGUGUGUGUUUUCUGCCUGUGUUACACUAUAUUUUUGUUACCCGUCAGAUUCUGUUGAGUUUCAGCUAUUAGCAAUUAGCACUUUUCUACCUCUUCUACAACUCGGACAACAGCUGCCCAGGGUCAUACGUGUUGUUAGCCGCUAACUAGGCCUAGUCCACAUGUACACCGGUAUUUUUCAAACAUAGCUUUAUCUAUGCGUUUUUGGCCUUUCGUCCACACACAAACAGCGUUUUAGGUCACUG